UAUUAUAUCAGCUGCAGGUAAUAUAAAGUGUUCCUAAAUUCCCACUAAACUCUACAGCUAUAGCAGAGCUGAGAGUUCACUGCGCAUCUCCCUCCCCCUUUCUGGAGUGACAGGCGGAUGGCCCUCCUCAUUUUAGCCGCUCGCUUUUUACGUUGGCGAAUCACAAAGUGUUGGAAUCUGCUGCCUUUGUCUGAGAAGUCAUCCAUAUAAGCAAAGAGGGGAUCUGCAGCUUUUAGAUACCGACACUACCGGCCCGGGGCUUCAGUCCCGGCCCACGGAUCUCUCCAUUCCACGCGCAUCCCGUUAGUCUGUGACCGAAUAAGGAAACCCCUGUCUAGCUUUGCGCAUCUUGUUCUCUUUAUCCUAACUAGCCGAAGCCACCCGGGAUUUAGGACACGACCAGGCUCGAUGGGACCGUCCGUGCUGUUCGCGGUUUCCGUACACGCGCGCUGAAAACGCCUGCUUCUGUAAACAUCCGCUUCGAUUCUGGUGAUCGGUGUCAAUUUACCAAACAAGCCUGGGUCAUGCAUGACACCUGACAUAUCCUACGUCCUUUUUCCUUUUCGCUGAGCGGACAGUUUCUCAAGAGGGAACUUUUUCCCCACCUGAAGUUUUCCGGUCGGAACCCGAGGGAAUCGCACUCCUCUUCUUCACAAACACACCUGCGUCUUUUUGCGUCUCUUUUCUUGUUUUCUUUUUUCUUUUUCUUUUUUUAAUUUUUUUUUAUAUAUAUUUUGAUCUACAGAAGGAAAGCGAGACGGCGACUUCAGUUGAUUACCUGUCUUUUCUUUGCUAUCCAAUGGAUAUUCACUGCAAAGCAGACCCCUUCUCCGCCAUGCACCGGCAUGGCGGAGUGAACCAGCUGGGCGGUGUAUUCGUGAACGGCAGGCCGCUACCGGACGUCGUGCGGCAGAGAAUCGUGGAGCUCGCGCACCAGGGAGUGAGACCGUGCGACAUAUCACGACAACUGAGGGUCAGUCACGGAUGCGUCAGCAAGAUCCUGGGCAGGUACUAUGAAACUGGCAGUAUAAAGCCCGGAGUGAUCGGUGGCUCCAAACCGAAGGUGGCCACACCGAAAGUGGUGGAUAAAAUAGCGGACUAUAAGAGACACAACCCCACCAUGUUCGCGUGGGAGAUCCGGGACCGGCUGCUGGCGGAGGGCAUCUGCGACAACGACACCGUGCCCAGCGUCUCCUCCAUCAACAGGAUUAUUCGCACUAAAGUUCAACAACAGUACCACCCCUCUCCUGAUGGAACAUCUCUCUCGACACCAGGACACACUAUAGUUCCCAGCACAGCAUCCCCUCCAGUAUCAAGUGGAUCCAGUGAUCCAGUGGGUUCAUACUCUAUCAAUGGCAUUCUGGGCAUCCCUCGUUCCAAUGGAGAGAAGAGGAAAAGAGAUGACGAUGGUUCAGAGGGUUCAGGGCAGAACAGUGACUCCCAGGGCAGUGUGGAAAGCCUUAGGAAACAUCUACGUGCUGAUGCCUUUACCCAACAACAGCUGGAGGCCUUGGAUCGAGUGUUUGAGCGACCAGCCUACCCUGAUGUCUUUCACAACACGGAGCACAUCAAACCAGAGCAGGCUAGUGAGUAUGCCCUUCCUGCUCUGAACCCAGGACUGGAUGAGGUUAAACCUAGCCUGUCGUCCAGCAGCUCCUCAGACCUGGGUGCCAGCGUGUCCCAAAGCUACCCUGUAGGUAGAGAUAUGGCUAACACAACCUUACCUGGCUAUCCACCUCACGUCCCCCCUACAGGACAGGGCAGCUACCCAACAUCCACACUGGCUGGAAUGGUUCCUGGGAGCGAAUUUUCAGGGAAUCCCUACAGCCACCCACAGUAUACAGCAUACAACGAGGCCUGGCGCUUCAGCAACCCAGCCUUACUGAGUUCCCCUUAUUAUUAUAGUGCAUCCCGAGCCUCUGCACCACCAGCUGCUGCCGCUGCUUACGACCGCCACUAGACACCAUGAAAACCAAACCCAACAUUGCCUCAGACUUCCUGUUGUGCCAGUGUGAACAGCAGAGCAGAUUGGACAAGGGCCGCUUUGAACAUGAACGAGCCAAUCAGGACAUCAAAUGGCUCACUCACAUUCAGCCAUCCAAAUCCAACUCCAACUCCAACUCCAACACUUACAGUGCGUGACCACAUCUCAAAGACUACUGAGAAACCUUGUGAGAAAUUAUAUAAAUGUGGAAAUUGACACAAUGAGGCAAUUUGAAUCAACAAAUUUAGCUUUUCCUUUUUCAUAUUUUCUUUUCUUUAUCAUUGUGGAUGAAAACGUUCUUUUCUGUUUUGUGACUGAGUGUCACACGGCAACACAUCGU